CUUCGGCUGUUUCGCAGAACAAUAAAAACAAGAUGGCGGUGGUCUUGUAACCCCUUACUUCCUGUAUCGCAACGAAAACAUUCGAAAUGUUGUAGUUCUGUUGGGGUAAAAUCUACCUAAUACAGCUUAAAUCGUAUUCUUAGCGAGAUAAGAAAUUAUCUUUACUGGAAUAAGAUGGGAUCUCUAUUUAGCAAGAAGAAAGAGCCUGAGCCUGUAAAACCAAAGAUUACAGAACAAGACAAAGCAGUUUUGGCAUUGAAGCAGCAGAGGGACAAAUUGAAACAGUACCAAAAAAAGAUACAACUGAAUCUUGAAAAAGAAAGACAACUGGCAAAACAGUUGUUGCAGGAAGGAAAGAAAAACAAAGCAAAGCUUCUGUUAAAGAAAAAGAGAUACCAGGAGCAGACACUGGAAAGGACAGACAACCAGCUGGAGAACUUAGAGAAAAUGGUACAAGAUGUUGAGUUUGCACAAAUUCAAAUUCAAGUGGCUGAUGGACUGAAGCAAGGAAAUGAAGCUCUGAAGAAAAUGCAUGAGAUAAUGUCCAUUGAAGACGUGGAAAGAAUAAUGGAUGAAACUCGGGAAGGAAUUGAGUAUCAGAGGGAGAUUGACGAACUUUUAAGUGGAAGUUUGACUCAGGAAGAUGAAGAUGCAGUGCUACAAGAAUUGAGAAAAGACCCCAGAAGGAAAAGAAGGAUGAAAGAAAAGCAGAGAUGGUUCCAGCCUAGACAUUGCCUUAUUAUUUCUAUGAUGAUGAUAAAAUUAAGUCAUGUUACCCAUGUUACCCAUGACUAGUGCUUUAACCCUACAGUACCUCCAUUCUGAAAAUUAUCUGUUAAAGAUAAGUAACCUGACCAUAGGAAAUUUUGCACACACUGCAUAAAGCAGUAGUCAAAGUAGUAAUCUUACAAGCAUUUUCAGCAAAAAUUCUAGAAAACAGAAAGAAAUCAUGAAACCACAGAAACAAAGUUAAAUUAUUUUUUUUUGGUUCUAAACUGAAGUCUCCAAUUUCCUUAAUUUGUUAUUAAAUUAAAUGUAGUUACCUGGCUAAAAAUUCAAAGUAUAAGCUUUCAACUAUUCAGGCUGUAGUCUUCAAGAGGUAAAUGAUCUAAUUCUUUGAUGCACUGAAGAGUGUAAGUCAAAUUGUAUCUUUACAGUUUUCGCUAAUGAAUAUUUUGUGGCAUCUCCACUAUGCGUCAUCCUGUUUGCAACCCCUCUACAUUUUGGCAACUUUGAAGCAGAGGUCCCCUUGACCACUUGUUGACCAAUUGUUAGUAAGAUGUCAGCUGGACAAAACGCUACCAACACACCAACUUGAUGGUAAAGUGUCAGUGGACAAACAACCAACUGUUGGCCAACUAUUGAUAGGAAUUUCUGUGGGUUAUUAUUGUUGUUAUUAGUUUUCCCACAGAGUGUAUAUUAUAAUGUUUGAUGGUGGAAGUAAAAUUGGUGUUUGUUUAUAAAAAUAAUAAAGAUUUAAUUUUCUGUUACAAAA